GCUUGAGCUCCGGUGGGCGGGGCUUGGAGGCAGUGGGAACUGCAAUUGGUAGCUUUGAAGGCGCGACGGGCGGGAACGGUAGCUGAGGAGUGAGACGGCAGGAGAUGUGGGUCGUGCCAAAGGGAUGGAUGAGACUGUUGCUGAGUUCAUCAAGAGGACCAUCUUGAAAAUCCCCAUGAAUGAACUGAUAACAAUCCUAAAAGCCUGGGACUUUUUGUCUGAAAAUCAGCUGCAGACUAUAAAUUUCCGGCAGAGAAAGGAAUCUUUAGUUCAGCACUUGGUUCGGCUGUGUGAGGAAAAGCAUGCAAGUCUCAAUGAUGCUGCCCUGUUAGACAUCAUUUAUACUCAAUUUCAUCAACACCAGAAAAUCUGGGACGUUUUUCAGAUGAGUAAAGGACCAGGUGAAGAUGUUGACCUUUUUGAUAUGAAACAAUUCAAAAAUUCAUUUAAGAAAAUCCUUCAGAGAGCAUUAAAAAAUGUGACAGUCAGCUUCAGAGAAACUGAGGAGAAUGCAGUCUGGAUUCGAAUCGCCUGGGGAACACAGUACACAAAGCCAAACCAGUACAAACCUACCUACGUGGUAUACUACUCCCAGACCCCGUACGCCUUCACGUCCUCCUCCAGGCUGAGGCGCAAUGCACCACUUCUGGGUCAGGCACUGACAGUUGCUAGCAAACACCAUCAGAUUGUGAAAAUGGACCUGAGAAGUCGAUAUCUAGAUUCUCUCAAGGCUAUUGUUUUUAAACAGUAUAAUCAGAUCUUUGAAACUCACAACUCUACAACGCCUCUACAGGAAAGAAACCUUGGACUAGAUAUAAAUAUGGAUUCAAGGAUCAUUCAUGAAAACAUUGCAGAAAAAGAGAGAGUCCAACAAAUAACUCAAGAAACGUUUGGAGAUUAUCCUCAACCACGACUAGAAUUUGCACAAUAUAAGCUUGAAACGAAAUUCAAAAGUGAUUUAAAUGGGAGCAUCUUGGCUGAGAGGGAAGAACCCCUCCGAUGCCUAAUAAAAUUCUCUAGCCCACAUCUUCUGGAAGCAUUGAAAUCCUUAGCACCAGCUGGUAUUGCAGAUGCACCCCUUUCUCCACUGCUCACUUGCAUACCCAACAAGAGAAUGAAUUAUUUUAAAAUUAGAGAUAAAUAAGACGUGUGUGGUUUCAUAAACACAGCUCCUCCUCCAUGACAUUGCACGUGCACUUCCGUUAAUGGCUGGCUGUAUAGCUUCUGUCUGUAGACUUGUAUUUUAGAGAAUCCUUGUUACUGAAUUUUUAGAAAUGCUCA